AUGGUUGGGGUUGAAACAACUGAAUUUGGAAUACUAGGUGGUAAAAAUAAACAGAAAAAAGAAAAAGAGAGUGAAGGUUCUCAAGGUGAUGUUAGGGGAAUGGAAAAAGGAGUGACUGAAUCUACACCCACUCAUGUUGGUUUGAAUGAAGAAACAAGGGCUAUGGUAGUGUGGAGUGAGGAAUCUGCUGGAGAGGAAGAAAAGACUUCUCCUACAAGAGGAAGAGCUACAAGGAUUCGGAAGAAGCAGAGUGAGGCAGAACUGGAAAAAGCCCUAGAAGAGAGUAAAAGAAAAGUUACUGCAAAGGGAAAGAAGAAAGUGGUUGAGCAAGUUAAGGCAGUUGAAAUUAAGGAGAUGGACCUGGUUCUUCGUAAUGAAGACAAGGCAGAGGAGGAAGAGGCUGCGACUCCAAAGACAAAGAAAAGAAAGAAUUUCAAAAAGAAGUCCCCUUCAAAGACAAAGCCUGCAGAACCUUCUACCUUGGCGAAAAGAACCAGGUCUGCCAUAAAAUCUAGAAAAGUGAAAGUAGUGGAGUAA